AAGACUCAAAACCUUGCUGUGCCGUGAACUUACUUCACUAUCAGUCCUUGUCCGUCUCCAGCCUUUAUCCUGGUCCAACCAGUCUUUCUGUAAGCUUGUCAGUCGGUCUCACUGAAAUUCCUUCUGUCGCAAACACCGUCGCCAACCCGUCGCAAAAGGAUACACAACAGAUUCCCAGAACAUCACACAGCAUAUUCUUCUUGUUCCGAAAACAACCCAACCCCAUGUAUGUGUGUCUUACACUCUCACGCGUCCCCUUGUCCUCUUGUGCCCUUUGUCCCCCCAUGUCGUUUUCCGUCUUACACAGAGCACUUUCCCAACACCACUGCCUUUGGUCCCUAUUCGUGUUUCACCAAAGUUGCCCGUUCAUACAGUCCACUCAUUACCUUACUCCCUUCACCAUUCACCAUCCAUCUCCAUUGCCAGUCACCCAGUCGUUAUCCACAGCCCUGACGGAGAGAGCCGUGAAAUUGAACCCAUACUGACAGGAACCAAGUUUAGUUCUCCCACUCCCGUCG